CAUCAAACUAGAGAUAUAUCGGAUUGUGGCUGAAGCAAGCAAACAAGYAACAAUUAGCAACUGCAGAAUAUUGAGGUGUACAAAAUGAAAUUUUCACUUGCCGCUCUCGCUUUGGCCUCCUCGGCACCUARUGCUUUAGGAUUUUCCCCCGCAACAUCAGGACGCAGAAGCUCCUCGGCACUGAGCAGUACCGUUGAGCCCCCCGAACGAGUUGCACCAGAUGCAGGAUACGUUCCAGAAUGGGAAAACCGUCCCGGUCUCACUCCAGAGGAAUUUAUGAAAAGUGACAUGUCAAAACCCGACCUCGCCGGUAUGUGGGAAUGUCCUUUAACCCGAUGGGAUUCUGAAGGGUAGGUCGGAAAAGAACACAAGUUUGUGCAYGAAAAGAUGAACGAAUGGAUCAAAGGCGAAGAGAAUGGAUGACAAAAAAAUAGCGGUUCAAUGUGUACGCCACUCCUACCUUCAUGUGUAGAGCACAUAAAAGAUCAAGAAUUGCUCGUCUUCAGUUCGAAGAACUAACUUUCUUUURUUUUCCUCUCUCCAAAAUACUCACGAUCCUCCCAGUAUUGACAUUGAAGCAGCACAGAAGUUGGCUGCGCAGCAACCCCACUGUCCGCUUGAAAUUCGUGCUUCCGCCGAGGACAAUGCUGCUGGUGCCAAGUAUUUCAGUGAUAACAAGGAGAUGAUUCGUGAAGAACUUCUGAAAUAUGGGGCYAUCUGGUUCCGAGGAUUCGAUUUGAUGAAGUCUGUAUCGGGACACAGAGAAAUGUAUGAAGCAAUUGAGUUACAGCCUUGCUUGGAUCCCCUCCAUUCCUCUGGACUCCGUAAGUUUUCUUCCGAACGUGACGCCCUWUACGAAGAAGUCAACAAACCAUCUCUUCGUGGACAUUACAUUGGUCUCCAYUCCGAAUCCACCACCAAGCGCACAGCUGCAUACGCAGCUUUCGUUUGCUUUCAAAAAGCAACCGAAGGUGGCGGCCGUUUCUUGGUUGCCGACGGUGCUGCCAUUUUGGCUGAACUUGAUACCAAUCUCUUGAAGAAACUUUACGAGAGAGACCUUCGAAUUUCGGUUAGUAAUAUCGAUAUUCCCCCCACCUUCCCACAAUUUGCACAGGAUGGAAUCAAGGAAAUUGUUGGUGCUACUGUAGCACCAAAAUUCGAUAUGGAUUUGGAAAUGAUGAUCGGUGCUGACGGCAAAGAGGGUCGUCUGCAAGCUGUUGAGAAAUCCGAAUCACCUAUCAACAAGCACCCAGUUACCGGUCUUCCAGUUUGGUUUAACAAUGCRCACAACCACGCGCGAAAGCUCCGCGAUAGACGCCCUUGUGGUGUUCCCGAGGUAGGAAUGACUGAAGUCUUUUACGCCGACACGAUGGAACCUCUCAGUUUGGAGGACUGCCAAGAAAUCAAGCGAGCGAGCGAGAAGCACAUCACCGCCUUGGCCAUGGAGCCUGGGGAUGUUCUUUUGGUCGAUAACUACCGUGCCCUUCAUGGUCGUGAUGUGUUCCAAGGUGAUCGGUAUCAUGCCGUAAGUUGGUUUACAUGGGACGACAAUGAGGAAUGGCGUGGAGACGAACGUCGAAUCGUAGAAAAGAACGGAUUGAACAAGGUCAUCAACGGGAUGAUGGAUUGGCUUCCCAAGGACUUCGAAUCCGACCAGAGUUAGAGGAUUCGUCAUACCCUGUCACGGCACAAUGUAUUUCAGAACUGUGUAAGUCUCAAGUGCCUCCAUAAAAGAGGAGAAGGAAACUCAAAUAGAAUUACUACAUCUCAUCCAUCCCAAAGUAGGUCUUUCAAAAAUUAAAUGCAUGCCCAUGAUUUCGACCUGUUAAUGUGAUUGCUCCUUUUGCUCUAGAACAAGUUUUGAUAUAAUGUUCUCCCUGGCGAAAAUAUGAAUGACAUAUUUCGCAUUAUUUACAAGCAAUCACGAUUUGAUGUCAGGAGCGACUUCCUACCACGCUACUAUUUCAACUGUUUCCUUAAACUAAAUUAAUCUGGUCAUA